AGACCUUUCCAGUCCUUCACAGGAGCUGGCGGGCCCCUGGGCAUGGUGCCCCCCCCUUUGGAUGCCCGAGGUGGGAGCGCAAAACUUCCCCUCCCGCUCGCCUCUCCUCUUGUGUUCCGGGAGGUGGAUGCUGCCGCCCCGUGCCGGCCCCUUGGACUGGGCAGAGGAUAGGAGGCAUCGCCAGCUGCUUGGGAGGUGGUGCCCCCAUGGAUGCAGCCACAAAGCUUUUGUGGGUGUGAAGCUUGUGCGCCGCCUCCUGGUGAGCGACUAUGCCCCUUCCACCCUCAACUGACCGGGCUUUCGAAUCUCAGCGAGUUCGUUGGACAAGGACCCUUUGGGUGACUCUGCCUGUCUCAAGACGGGGCUGACCGGGCUGGCCUGCCCCGGCGACGAGGCCAGGAAGAGGCGACUAAUUCCGGAUCCAUGCCUCUCUCGGUUGGGGCCGAGGGGAAGCCAUAGGAGUCUCUCCCGGGCGUCCCUUUGCCGCUGCUCCCUCGCACGCUGUGACGCUGACCAGAGGGGUGGGGGUGGGGAGGGGAGGGGAGGCCAACUUUCUUGCACCCCGGCUGGCCUGCAACUUGCUUGGCUCUGGAUGGUCAACGCCACGAGGAAUACAUGGCCAGCUCAGCAGGUCGUCGGGCAGGCUGGCGGUGAUCCUGGCCUGCUGGUUUCCUGAGGAGCGGAACUGUCGGAGGACGCGGAAACGGCUCCCCACGGAUGGCUGACCCACGGCCGCAGAGGGUGGCUGCCCUUCCUCCCCCAAGGAUGCCGGUGUCCCUUCUGUGGUGAUGGCUUCGGACAGCACCUUGCGGGCCCUCCUGCUGCUGCUCCUCUGGGGGCCAGGCUGCCCCGUGGCCCCCCUGUCUGCACACAUGGAACCUGGGGGGCCUAGGCUGGAGGAGCCGGGGGGCAGUGGGCUCCCUCCUCCUCCUCCUCCUCCGGGCAGUGGACGGGUGAAGCGCGGCUGGGUCUGGAACCAGUUCUUUGUGGUGGAGGAGUAUACGGGCACAGAACCCCUGUACGUGGGGAAGAUCCACUCGGACUCCGAUGAGGGCGACGGCUCCAUCAAGUACACCAUCUCCGGAGAGGGUGCUGGCACCAUCUUCCUGAUUGACGAGCUGACGGGGGACAUUCAUGCCACCGAACGCCUGGACCGUGAGCAGAAGACCUUCUACACGCUGCGGGCGCAGGCGCGGGACCGCCAGACCGACCGGCUGCUGGAGCCCGAGUCCGAGUUCGUCAUCAAGGUGCAGGACAUCAACGACAGCGAGCCCCGCUUCCUGGGGGGGCCCUACAUUGGCAGCGUGGCCGAGCUCUCCCCCAUCGGGACCUCGGUGAUGCAGGUGAUUGCUUCAGAUGCAGACGAUCCCACCUAUGGAAGCAGUGCCCGGGUGGUCUACAGCAGCCUGGAGGGAGAGGAGCACUUCACAGUGGACAGCAGGACAGGUGUGAUCCGGACGGCGGUGGCCAACCUGGACCGCGAGACCCAGGACCGGUAUGAGGUGGUCAUCCGGGCCACGGAUAUGGCUGGGCAGCUGGGAGGCCUCUCUGGCUCCACGACCGUCACCAUCGUCAUCACGGACGUCAACGACAACCCCCCGCGCUUCCCACAGAAGAUGUACCAGUUCAGCAUUUCGGAAACGGUUCCCGUGGGCACCCUGAUCGGCAGAGUCAAAGCCGAGGAUGCCGACGUGGGCGAGAACACGGACAUGACCUACCAGAUCAAGGACGAGGACGGGCAGGGUGCGUUUCGGGUGUCCACAGACAGCGACACGCAGGAGGCCCUGAUCUCCGUGCAGAAGCCCCUGAACUUUGAGGCCCAGGCGGCCCACACGGUGGUGGUGGAGGCGCUGAACAAGUUUGCCGACCCCCGCUUGGCGGACCUGGGGGCUUUCCGGGACCAGGCCAUCGUGCGGGUCUCCGUCCUGGACGUGGACGAGUACGCCAUUGACCAAGCCAGCGACCUGGAGCAGAUCUUUCACAUUGACCCACAGAGGGGGACCAUCGUGACCCGGCAGCUGUUGGACCGGGAGGCGGCCGGCUGGCACAACCUCACCAUCCUGGCCACGGAGGCAGGCAAUCGCGCGCAAGAGUCCCGGCUGUCCCUCCGCAUCCGCAUCCUGGACGUCAACGACAACCCCCCAGAACUGGCCACACCCUACGAGGCUGCAGUCUGUGAGGAUGCCAAGCCAGGGCAGCUUAUCCAGACCAUCAGCGUCGUGGACCGGGACGAGCCCCAGAGCGGCCACCGCUUUUAUUUCACGCUGGCCCCAGAGGUCUCCAGCAGCCGCCACUUCUCCCUGCUGGACAUUGAGGACAACACAGCGGCCUUGCACACGGAGCGCCCGGCUUUCAACCGGCAGGAGCAGGACCUCUUCCUGGUGCCCAUCCUGGUGGUGGACAGCGGCCCCCCCACCCUGAGCAGCACUGGCACCCUCACCAUCCGGGUCUGUGGCUGCGACAGUUCCGGAGCGGUCCAGUCUUGCAACACCACGGCUUACGUCGUGGCCGCCUCGCUCAGCCCGGGCGCCCUCAUCGCCUUGCUGGUGUGUGUCCUCAUCCUCAUUGUGCUGGUUCUCCUGAUCCUGACGCUCAAGCGGCACCAGAAGGGGCACCUAGUGUCCGAGGAGGACGAGGACAUGCGCGACAACGUCAUCAAGUACAACGACGAGGGGGGAGGCGAGCAGGACACGGAGGCCUACGACAUGUCUGCCCUGCGCAGCCUCUACGACUUUGGCGAGACCAAGGAGGAGGGGGAGGGGGGCGGCCUGCCCUCCUCAGAGCUCCGGGCCCUGCCGCAGUGGGGCCCGGCGCCCGACCUGGACUUCUCCCUCUUCAGGGACUACAUCAGCAGGAAGGUGGGGCAGGCCGACGAGGACCCCUCCGUGCCCCCCUAUGACUCUUUCCAGACCUACGCCUUCGAAGGGGCCGACUCCGCUCCGGCCUCCCUCAGCUCCAUCACCUCCCACACCUCCCACAGCUCGGAGCAGGACUUCUCCUAUCUCGGCAGCUGGGGCCCCCGCUUUCGGCAGCUAGCGGCCCUCUACGCUGGCCACCACUGGGGCCGGGGGGAGGGGGAGGAGGAG